AUGAAUUUUCAUUUCCCUGGAACCUAUUCAGAAUUGAGAGAUAACCAUUUUUCAGAAAAUUAUAGAGUAAUAUCUAAGAAUUAAGUUGCCCAAAUGGAUGAAAGAUUAAUUUUGAUGCGCAUCAAUUAAUUUGAAGAUGGUUUCAAUUAACUCAUAACAUUAAUUGAAGACCCAUAAUAUUUUGAUUUCCUCUACUAUUUAGUUGAGUAAUCAUUUGAACUAACUCUAGACAUUUAGAUACACAUCCAAAUCAAAAAGUAUAAUUAUAAUUGGUUGAAAUACUAUCAUUUCAAAUUCAAAAAUUAUACCCUGAUUAUCUUUAGGCUUUUAAAAUGACACUAUUCUUAUUACUGAAUUUAUUGUAAUAGAAGCAAAUCUAAGGUUAAUAAGUAAGAAGGGCAUUAAAGAUAAUGUAAUAAUUAUUUAAUUUGAAUGCUUUCAAUGAUUUUGGUAGAGAAGGCAGUAGAUACAUAUUUGAUUUAGUUAAAAUGGCUAUAGAUAUUAAGGAUGCUUAAAUAAGAGAAAUAUGGAUUGAUAUUUUGGUUUAAGCAAUUGCAAUGUGGUAGUCAUAUGAUUUAAAUCUUAAAAACAGGAUUGUUCAUUUGAUGUAUGAAUAAGAGAGUGUUGUAUUAAAUAUUUCUAAAUUUCUAUUUGGAUGCAGCAAGAAUGAUAAAUUGAAAUAGUACACUGUAGAUCAAAUUAUUCUACUUGUAAAUUAUAUAACUGAAAAAUCAACUAAUCAAACUGAAAGUUUAGCAGUUAAAAAUCUUAGAGAGUUAUUGUCUUAAACAUCAAAAGACAUGCCAAAAGUAUAUUAUCAAUAACUCUCUGCUUUUAUUGGUUUAUAUGAUAAUGAAAAUUAUCAUAUAAGAAAUGGAUUAUCAGAAUUGAUAACUAAUGUUAUUGAAUAUCUAAUUAAGGAGUCAAAAGAUUAAGAUAGUGAUGAAUUAUAAUUAGCAAAUGCCAAUAACUUAAUUAAAUAGCUUUUGGAUCGUCAUAUGGAUAAAACUGCUUUUUGUAGAUCAAAUGUACUUUAAUGUUUGUCUUAAUUGUUAAAUUCAAAUUGUGUGCCAAAAUAACAUUUAUAAACUAUUUUCGCAAUUUCCUCUUCCAGAUUAAGAGAUAUCUCUGGUUAUGUUAGAAAAUCUUCUUUAUAAUUAUUGAAAUCUAUUGUACGAUAUUAUAGAUUCUUGUAUGUACAGAGUUAAGGAAGAUAAAAUUUCUGGUCUUCAGAGGAGAUAGAAGAUCAAAUAAGUAAAAAUAAAGAAGAAUUAUAAAAUAUCCACAAAGAUUUUGAGGAGAUAGAUAAACAAUUUUAAAAUGGAGAAAUCACAUAAGAUAAUGUUAAUGAAUCAAUUAAAUUUAUUAAAAAAACAGCAUAAGAAAAGAUUAAAAUUUAAGAAUAUUUAGAAGAAUAUCAAAAAUUUUUGGAAGGAAUGAAAACUGUAAUUACUCAAGUUUUAUAAUUAUGUUAAAGUAAAAAUUAAGCAGAUGUUAUUCAUUCUAUUAAACUGUUUUCUUAUAUAUAAAAGUAUAAUUAUGAGACUGCUAAUUAAGGAUUACGAAGAAUGAUAUUACUUGUAUGGUCAUAAGAUAAAACUAUAUAAUAAGAAGUAAUCAAGAAAUUCUGGAAAUUAUUUUUAAGAGAUACUAAGAAACCUAGAUAAAUUAUUCUUUAGAUAAUUGAUCUAAUUAGUAAAUCAAAUUUAAAAGAACUAAUUUCAUUAGAAAAAAUAAUAUUAUCUUAUGAAACUGAAUUGGCACCUAAUUAUAAAUUUCCAUCUAAAAUCUUUCAUAAUCUUUGGGAGUAUUUUGGUAAAUAAGAAGUUGAUUAGCGUUCAAUGCUUAUUUUUGUUAGAAUUAUGUUAACUAGAAGUUCAUCUUUACUUAAUUUAGAAAAGGUCGCCUAAAUUUAUAAUUUAUUAUAAAAAUAUAGUAAGAAAGAUCCUGAUUGGAUCAUUAUUAAGGAACUUGCAAUCAUAUUGUCUAAAUUAGAUAGAACUUAAGGUAAAAAUUAAAUUAAUUUUAAUAAAUCAAUAGAUCUAUUAAUAAUUUUAUUAAUUAAAUACUAAAAUUCAUUAGAUAUGAAUUAUUUUUCUGCAUGUGAUUCAAUUAUUUAAUUAGUUCCAAGUGCAGAAAAUCCUGAAUUGAUUUUUGAAACACUUUUAUAGGAUUUAGGAUUUAAAUCUAAUAAAAUGGAUUUAGAAAUAGAAGAGUAAAAGUAAAUGGAAGAAAUUCACUUAGCUCAUGCAAUAUAUAUAGCAGGUUCUGUAUCUUUAUAAUUAUUGAUUUUCAUUGAUGCUACACAUAAUUCAUUAAAGAAUUUAAAAAAUGAGAGAGAAAAACAAAUUGGAAAAGAAUAAGAAAUAGAUAAAAUUUAAGGAGGUGUAGAAGGAGAAUUUGAAAAAUUGCAUGGUAUUGUUGAUUAAAUUCAAGAUCUAAAAUUAAUUUAAUAGAAUUUAUUAUCAGUUUUUUCUCCAAUGGUAAAGUAAAUAUUGUAAGAGUGUCUAAAUUAAAUGGAGACUGAAGAAAAUGCUAUAAGAUAAUAACCACCUAUUGUAUAAGUGAGUUUAAUCACAAUGUGUAAAUUUAUGUGCUUAUCAGAAUCUUAUUGUAGAGAGAAUAUUUAAAUGUUAUUUAAUAUAAUGAAGUAUAAAAUAUAUUUUUAAUUAGAUCUCCUCUUAUUGAUUAAGUAAUGAAAAAUAAUGUAAUAAUUAGUAUUGGAGAUUUAUUACAUAGAUGGCCUAACACAAUUUAAAAGUUUCAUAAAUAAAUAUACUCAAAUUUAUCUGAUACAAGUGCUGCAGUUCGUAGAGUAACUCUCCUUGUAUUGACACAUUUGAUUUUGAAUGACAUGGUCAAAAGCAAAACUUCAUUGUCUCAUAUUCCUAUUUUAUUGAAUGAUCCUCAUCCUUAAAUACCAGCUAUGGCAAGAUAUUUUUUGAAUGAAUUACAGAAAAAAGAAUAAAGAGCUAUAACUAAUGCUAUUCCUGAUAUCAUUUCAAAUGUUUAAGAAUAAAAUGAAAAUGUUCUAUCAUAAAUCUCUUAAUAUAUAGACAAAUCUUAAGUUGAAUCUAUUGUUGAUAAGCUAAUUACAAUUUUAGGAACUAGUUAAAGUAUUUAUUAAACUUUAUGUAUCUUUAAGAUUAAUACGAAAUAAAAAAUAUAUCUAUACUGUUUAAUCACAUAAAUUUAACCUAAAAUUCUCUAUAGAGAUUAUUAGAUGGUUGGGAAGAAUACAGAGAAAAAUUAAGAGACCAAUUUGUGUAUAAUUAAUUUACAAUUUUUAUUAAAAAGGUAGUAUUUUAUUGAAAUCUAUAAUUUAAGUUGAAAAGAACUUUGCCUUAAGAUGCCAAACCUUUAAUUGAAGAAUAUGAGAUGAAAGUGGAACAUCAUGAUAAAGAAACAUUUGAAAAUAGGAGAAGGGAAAAAAUAACAAAGAAAAAGAAUAUAAAACAAACAUAAAAUGAAAAUAAUAAUGAAAAGGAAUAAAAAGAAAAUAAAGGUGGAAAUAAAUAAUAAUAAUAAUAAUAAUAAUAGAAAAAGAAAACAAAGAAGAAAAAAGAAGAAGAUUUCAUGGAAUUAGAAUCAGAUUCAGAUGAUAAUAGUUAAGAAUCAUUAGUAAUUAAGAAAUAAAUAAGUUCAAGAAGAAAAAAAUCUACAAAAAAAGAUGAAGAUGAAUGA